AUGGGCGCCUCCGACGACAAAGACUACAAACCUUACACUACACCUUACACGGGUGCUGGCGCUGUACGCACCGACCAGGGCUGGGUCAACUCGAGAGACGCCGGAGCCCCUGUCUCUGGCCCUGGUACUAUCCGUCGUGGCAGUACCCCUCCUGUUCCCGCCUUUCACCACGCCGCCGUCACCACCACCACAGUCCCGCCUCCCGCCUCUGCUGGCCAUCUGAACGUCUCUCGAAUACAGGAGAGCCGCCUUCGCAGAGCCAGCGCACCCGAGGGUCACACGCGAGCAGGCAAGGGGGUCUCCUUCAAAACCCCGAAGCUAGAGGACCUCUCUAUCCGAAAGAUCAAGGCUCCAAUCGGCGACGGGUUCGAUCUUCCGAAGUAUCAUGACCUGAACCAGAUGACCAACGGCGAAAUCGCCCUGAAGAUCGGUCUACUCCACAUUAAGAAGGGAAGCAUCCACGAUGUGCUGCAGACCACUGUUUCUGAUCAGGAAUUCUUGGCUUCGGAUACCCAGGAGCAGUUCAGAGUGCGCAACAAGAACAUGGCCAUGCUGAACGAGGUCAAGGAGGCAAUCCGUGCCUGGGAGGAUGUCCAACAAGCCCGAGCUGACGAACUCACCAACCCCGGUCUUGUCGAAAUGAUGAUGCAUCGUCACGACGCCCAGGAGAAGCUGAAGGCACGAGGCCCAGAAUCGUCUGCAUCUGACAGUGGCGCCGAAGGCAAGAACAUGGAAAAGAAGAGACGCGACACCCAGUCGAGCCAGCCCGGCGAUGCCGACAAGUCGCCCAUCCCCUAA